GAGCAAAUUGACACUAAAGAAGACCACCAACACGAUGGCAAUAGUGAAAGGAACUUUUGUCCACAAAUCGACAGAAGACUCAUCCCAUCGAAACUGUUUUAUUUCUUGUAUUUUUCUUCAUUGGGAGCUUUGGUGCCUUAUCUUGCUUUGUAUUUCAAGCAAAUGAGACUAACACCAUCCCAAGUUGGAAUAUUAAUGGGACUGAAGCCCUUUGUGGAGUUUAUUUUUACUCCCCUUUGGGGGGCGUUUGUGGACCGUUUCAAAACAGGCAAGGCAGUUCUUUUGCUAUCCCUUUUCGUUACUGCAUUGUCACAGUCCUCGCUGUUUUUAGUUGCACCAGCUGAGCGGAUAUGCGCAAUGCGAUUAGUCUCUCGUGCCACUGAGCUGCCGAGUAAUACAUCCAGCAUCUUGCCUCAACAUAACGGAAAUAUCUCCUCUUACUGGAAGAAUUUUGUUUUCGUGUCCUCCGUGGUGAACGGAAAGCCAUGGCCGUUGGUUUAUUUGAGCGAAGAAGAGGCUUCAUCUUCGACGUCGCCACAAGAACACUUCAACACUUUAAAAGCUUUCACAAUAUUAUUUAUCGUUAUUUUAUUGAGCAACAUUUUUUCUUCUCCGUCAUUAGCCCUUGCUGACUUGAUCACAAUGAAGACAUUAAAACCUAAUGUGCACUUGUAUGGUCGGCAGCGACUGUGGGGUUCUGUUGGAUGGGGAGUUACCUCAUUCGUAGUAGGAGCGUUAGUUACUCUGAGUCACCAUUGUCCUAAUCCAUUUACCAAGCCUUCGGAAGUCAACUUUAUGCCAUGCUUUUGCACAUUUGGUGUAUUAAUGUUAUCAGCCCUUUUAACCUCUACAAAAUUUGAAUUCUCCUAUGACACAAAAGACAGAAAAGGUGAAAAUAAACACAACGGGAUAAUUAAUAGCCUUAAGCAGAAUUUAAACCUGAAAUACGUUAUGUUCUUAGUCACGGUGUUUUAUUUUGGAAUUUUGAAUGCCUUCACAAAGACUUUCCUGUUUUGGUAUUUGAAAGAUUUGGGCGGAACUCAGCUGCUCUUUAGCGUUAUCACAGCUGUAAACUGCUUUGCAGAAGUCUCUAUGUUUGUUUUAUCAGACAGAAUCAUUUCGCGCCGCGGCCACACAUGGGUGUUAUUUAUUGCUACAGGAGGUUUCGCCUUACGUUGUCUGUGGUAUUCAUGCCUGACUAACCCCUGGCUCGUUCUUCCGAUUGAAUUCAUGCCUGGAAUAACAAACGCGUUAGCUUGGGUGGCAAUGAUGUCCUAUGUCAAUGAAAUAUCGACCAUUGAUAACGCCACAACACAUCAAGGAAUUCUAUACGCAUUUUACAGGGGACUUGGAUAUGGGUGUGGAGAGGUACUCGGUGGUGUAAUGAUUAACUUUGUUGGCUCGGCAAAUGCUUUCGAAGUUUAUGCAACAGGUGCAGUUUGCAUUCUUUUUGGGAACGUUCUUGUUGAGAAUAUAGAUCAACUAAAACAAUUUUUACAGGUCCCUCGAGUGAUUAGUUAAUGUAUAUCAUAUACCAAAUCCAUUAUAAGUGAGCUGGUCUCACAUCUUUGAGCAGAUUAAAAAUAAUUAGAUAAAUAAUUAAAUAUAAUUGGUUUUAUAUAUCGAAGUUCGAAUCUGAUUGUGAUAGAGCACGAAAUUUAAGGAUCUCUCACAGGCGUGGCCAAUUCGACUUACUGGCAAUUAAAAUGGUCGAAAUAAAUAGAGGGUUUUCAUGAGGUUAACCAGUAGCCAUAGAAUGACCAAAACGUUUAUCCGUUAAUCGUAAAAAUGUUGCAAUAAUAAAUGGUGGAAAUUUCGGUGAAAACUUCAAUGUCUCAAGUCUCAAAGCUAACGGAUUCAACAUCAGCCCUUCUUGUAUGCGGGAGUGGACCUUGAAAAUCUUAAUCGAUCUAUUUUUUGAAAGGCAACAUUUUUAGUCUAACAGAAAAAUCUUCUAAAACUGACCCCUAAUAGUUGUGUUGUAUCUAGUCGGAUAUUCCUAAGCUAGUCUGGAAUCGUUUGGUUGAAAAGUCUUUGCUACAUGACUGAAUAGACUCCUGUUCUCUGGAUACUUAACGACUGGUGCCAUUUUUUUGUUUGAAAUGAAUGUUUUCAAUGACUUUAAUUGCUUUACUUAAAAUGUGAUAAAUAAGCCUACGCUUUCGUCAUUGCUUAUUUCCGGUUUGCUGACUUCUGCUAAAAUAAAUAAAUAACGUCACAAAGGAUAGCUGUAAAAAUUGCUCCCCAGUUCUGCUCAUUUCAUCACUUGGGCUGGUAAAACUUCCCUAGCGGAUCGACCACCUGUAAGCUAUUCUGGUGGUUUUAGCGGGCCUGUGUCUAACUAAAAUAAGCAGCGAAAUCGAGAACAAGCUAAAUUGCUUGAAUAGUUAAUCUUUCUAUCAUGAAAUGCAUUAUAUAACAACGAACGUCUUCCGACUUCUAUUGUAAAUAUGGCAAACAUUAAGAUGUGAUACAAGGAUAAAUCUUUUGAGCUAACACUGCUUGAUAUCCUUAUUCCAUCUCUAUGCUAUGAAGCAAGUUUGCUAGUAUUUGCUAUUUUUUGUAUUACGUGUAAAUAAGUUUUUUUUUUAUUACGUGUAAAUAAGUUUCUCUGAAAUUUUUACGUAAAAAAGGUGUGAGAAAUACACCUUACGUGGAAAAUCGCGCGAAAGUGACUGACGAGUGCUUAUCAAACACUACACUUUUAACGAGACCGCGCUCUCCGGGUUACGGUUUGGGACCGAGGCGUUGACAACAAAACACCUGUUAAGUUGCUUAUUAUAAAAAAUUCACGUAUUAUCACUAGGCGGCCAGAAAAGGACAAAUUGUGAAAGAAAAAAUUUGUCAAAAUUGUUACGUGCCCACAGAGGAAUUUAAUGUUUCGCACCAACAUUGAACAGAGAACCAAUCUAACUCUAAAUAUCUUUGGCCUACUUGAAAUUAUUUCAUGUAAGGGUUUUAAGAACUCAAACAUUGAGAAGAUAUGUUGAGGAGAUAUGUGGAACGACGACAAGAAAACCAUCACUAAUCAAGAGAGCAUCGGUGAUGAGAAGAUAUGUUGUCCCAGGGUGAAUCGAAAACUUCUGAUUCCCAAAGCGUUUUAUUUCUUUUUCUUCUCUGCUUGGGGAUCAUUGCUUCCGUACCUGGCUUUGUACUUCAAACAGCUGAUGCUUUCACCGAGUGAAGUAGGCAUUCUUAUGGGACUGAAGCCUUUUGUUAAUUUUCUUGUUAUCCCGAUAUGGGGUGCCAUCGUGGACAAGUGCCAGAAGAGCAAAUUAGUCAUGGUCAUUUCCAUUAUCGCACUUAUACUUGGUACGUUCACUCUCAGCUUAGUUCCAGGGCCCAAAGAAAAGAAAGUAGUGGUCAAAAGAUUUUGUAAUAUUACUGGCCCCAAAUAUUCCAGCUUGAUAGACAUAAAUAGACCAGUUAUUGACAGCCCUAAUCUUGAGUUUCCCGAACCCGGAAUUGACAAAAUGGUUGAGAUAGACAGAAACCAAGAAUCGUAUAUGCCUUACUUUUUCAAAGGUCCCAAACCCUGGUCUCUUGAACUUUUUAUCAACCUGGAUGAAAAGACUAACGUACGAGUAGAACUGGAUACAACUAAGUGCUUUAUGACGUUAUUUUUGAUAACAUUCUUCGGUACUUUAAUCUCCGCUCCAACUCUUGCUCUGGUAGACACCGCCACCCUUCAACUUCUGGGAACAGAGACCCACAAAUAUGGCAUGCAGAGGCUCACUGGAUCUAUUGGUUGGGGUGUUGGAGCCUUUGUGGUCGGUGCGUCCUUAAAAACGACUCACAACUGCGGAAAAGACAAAGAUUAUGAGAUUGUUGAUUAUAUUCCUUGCUUUUACACCUUUGCUAUUCUGAUGUUUUUGGGUUUGCUAACAGCAACACAGUUCAAAUUUGAAGAAAAAACCAAGAAGUCAAGAGGAGCAAGCUUAAGCGUUGGCCUUCAAGCCUUGAAAAGUCCCACAUAUCUUAUGUUCCUUUUCACUGCGUUAUACCUGGGUUUUCUCAUGGCAUUCAUUAAAACAUUUCUCUUUUGGCACCUCAAGGAUCUUGGUGGAAGCCAGCUCCUAUUCAGUAUCAUUUCCGCCGUGAACUGCUUCGCUGAAGUUAGCAUGUACUUUCUUUCAGCCAAGCUAAUAAAACGAAUCGGCCAUGCCAAAGUCUUGUAUCUAGGGCUACUUUGCUACUCGAUAAGGCUGUUUUACUACUCAGCUAUUCCCAUUCCGUGGAUGGUCCUUGCUGUGGAACUGUUACCAGGUAUAACAACAGCAGCAGUAUGGGCUGCCUGUCUCUCUUACGUCAGUAUAAACUCAGGCCCAGGCGCCGCCACUACAAUGCAGUGCAUAUUGCAUGGAGUGCACUGGGGACUAGGCUACGGCGCAGGGGAGGUGAUAGGAGGGAUUAUGGUCCACCAUUAUGGUGCUCCUACCACAUUUAUUAUAUUUGGUAUUUUGUGCAUUGCUAUUUUAGGAGUUUAUGUUUUAAUUAAUUAUUUCUGCGGGUCCAGAGAUGGUAAAGAAGGUUGCAACGGAGAUUCUGCCACUGAAUAUUCAGAUGUCAGUGAUGAUGACCGGAGAUGAUAAAAGGAAAGAAGGAAAUAAUCUAUCUAUUUUUUGAAAUAGCAGCUAUUUCAGUGAUUAAAAUAAAUAGGGUGAAUAGGUAAGGCAAUCGAGCAUUUUGAAUUAAAUAAAUCCAAAGCAACGUGACUUUGUUUUUUUAUGAAGCUGAAACUGUCUACAUCACGAGGUUGGUGCUAAUGUUUACCAUUCCUGGCUAAGGGCUUCUGUGGUUUAUAUUUGUGAAUUAUAUUCGGUCUGCAUGUCAGUGAUUUCUAUUAUUGAAAGGAGCUAGGAUAUGUGUAUACAUACUAGCUGCCAUUUAAAGAGGAUCUGAAUGGGGGGGUCCACUUGUCGGUUCUCGGUUAAAAUUCAGUAACUUUGUCGGUAGUCAGUUAAAAUUUUCGAUCUUUGUCGGUAGUCGGUUAAACUUUUCGAUUUUCGUCGGUUGUCGGAAAAUCUCAGUUAAUAAGUAAAAACGCUUGUCAAUUAUUAAUAUUUUUUAUGUAUUUCACCCACUUUUCAUGACUUUGAUCCCUAAGGAAAUAGUAAAACUUGUAAGAAUACAUCAUUUGAUUGCACCUAAACCGUUCAUUAACUCUUGUUUGUUUAUGCAACAUGAUCGUUUAUUUCCAUUGUUUGCCAAAUGAAUAUACGAACUUGGUUUCCCUGUCGACUACAGGGCACAGUAAAAAGUAAUUAAUUAAUUAAUUAAUUAAUUAAUGGACUCUAGCCGUUUGGAUACUUAAAUUAUUUUUAGUGAAAAACUGCAAGGGGUGACAGGCUGCACAUCUAUCCCUCUUAUGUUUUGGUUUUAACAAGUAUGUCCUUUGCCAAAAAUUUUCCUUUCUCGAAGAAAUAGCACUUAAUGUGGUUCUUUUAAAUUUUGGCAAGGUAGUGGUCGGUUUUGUAUGAGAUUCCACUUUUUCAGUAAAGCCUCUUUUAUAAUAGACACUGAGGGCUGUAUUGCGCCACGAAAGGCAAUAUUUCUUUUUCUUCCUUGUUGUUUUGCUUCAGGAGAGCUGCCUUCCUUUCUGUAAGUUUUACUUCUGAUAGCAAUUUUGCUUUCAAAAUUGUGGCUACCCUCUGUCCAUCAAGCGCUUUUGAAAUCUGAAAUACUUCUUCAGAGGAGUUUGUUUGUAGGAUUUUCAAGGCUUCUCGUUUGUCAUACAGGCGCUUUAACAACUGGUGGAUGAUAAGAGGUGAAAAUGUAUAUACCGUAAGGUUUCCGUUUGAAUUGCGUCUUAACGUCAAGGAUAUAGCUUUUCUCAUUUUUCACUGAAUGUUGUGCCUUGGUAUACAACCGUUUCUAAAAAGAAUGUCUCAUUUUCAGAUAUUUGGGCCGUGAAUUUCAUAGUAGGGUGAUGUAAGUUUACUUGUUCCGCGAAGAAAGCUACGAUGUCUGGUUUACUUAUGUCCCGUAGGAAAAAAAAUGUGUAGAUGCAUCGCAAAAGUUUGUCAACCAAAUUUCUGCCAAAACGAAUUUGAAACACAAAGUUAUAUACGGUACUUUUUCAACCUUUCCUUUGACGACAGAAACUGCUCAUCGCGGUACCGUGGGUUUGUAAUGAUAGUGCUUUCCAUUGAACGGGAAAAAAUCUUCUUUGAGGAUUAAUCUAAGCAUUUCUCGGACCAAAACAAGAAACGUUCGGUUUUUUCGCCUUUGACUUUUCAAUAAAAUUUAUAAAGUCGGUAGCAUCUUUAAGGUCUGACUUUGUGAUUAUGAUAUUGGCUGUAGCAAUAUACCUGUAUUAACCAAAAAAAAAGGAAAUUCUUUCCCUUAGGCCAUCUGAUGAGUCAUAAAUUUAAAGAGUUUACUUCCUAACGGCUAGAAAAAAAAAAUGCAAAGUGCUCUUUUUUCUGGAAACAAAUAUUGAUAAUAUCAGCCCACGUCGGUAGUCGGUUAAUAUUUUUCCUGUCGGUAGUUGGUAAUUUUUUACUCAUUUUGUCGGUAGUCAGUAAUGUUUUUUGCCCUUUGUCGCUAGUCGGUUAACCCCAUUCACACCCUCUUUAAAGAGCCUUCCGUGUAGUUACAACCACUAGUGGCUUCCCUUUUUUAGUAGAGAAAUCAAUUUCCACUUAGCUUUCAUAUAACGUCUUUGACACUUUAAGUGAACAUGAUGGCAACGCCAAUGCAGGUGUUACGUAAAUCAAUAGUCAGGCCUUUUGAAAUCCUUUGGCAAUUUUGAAUUUAGUUUAAUUUCUACCACGCACCUGAAACGUGCCGGGUGUGUAUGUUUUUAAGCUCCCUCGGAGAAAAGAAAAUUAACCGUACAACGUAAGUUUACGUUCUCUAAAGAACCUUGAUCAUUCGAAGUUGUUCUAUGAAGUGAACGGCAGAGAAAUAUUUCAUGAAACAAUAAAAUGCUCCUAUAGAGAAAAUGUUUUGCUUAUCAAUCGAUCCCGCUGUCCUGAUUUAUUAGGCAAUCGACUGUCUACUAGUGCCCACUCAUUUGAAAAUUUAACCUCGACCCCAUGGCAUUCUGUCUUUGACUAUCUCAUUAUCAGAGGGUGUGAAUUUCGACUGGUCACGUGCUCAGUGCUUGGAGAUUGGAGACAGUGUAGCCUGUGCCAGGCUCUCAGAUAGUAUAGUGGGAAAGUAUUAAAACGAGCAAAGCGAAAAUAAGAAGCGCACGACGUGGGAAAGGGGGCGAUGGUGUCUCUCCCCAGACCCCGCGCGUUUUUCGCAUUUCUUAUUACUGAACGACUUUCCACCGGUCUCGGAGCCUGGAACAGGCUAGAGACAGUGCAAACAUUGGUUCGUCACUGUUGAAAUUUUACUGCCCUUUCGGGGUCGGCGGAGUUUGAAUCAUGAAAAAGAGAUUACCAGUAACACUUUAAAAGCAAAAAAAAAAAAAAGUUAAAGAAAGUUAAAGAAUCCAAAAAAACCAAUGAUGAUAAAGAAGGAGGGAAGUUUAAGGGGAUUAGCCUAUAAGCCGUCAAUAAUUAACUGAAAGUGUAUCGUCCCUCUCUGGUAAACGUCUAAGAUUGUCUUUUGAGUCCAUCAAGAGUCAUACAUAUCAGAUUAGCCUGUACACAGAAGCUGCUUUCUUUUUGUUUUUGAAAAUCGAUACGAGCGCUCAAUGAUCACUAAAGAGAAAAUAGAGGGCCUAUGAACAGGCAAAUCUCAGAUAUACAUUAGCAACAUUUGGGUCUGCAUCUGCUUAAAUUUAUCUACAAAUUUAAGUUUCAAGGAAAAUAUUAUUUUAAUGUUGACUCGACUGAGAAUUAUUACCUGAGAGGACUACAGCUUAACCAUAAGAAGACAUUUUAGCAUGAUACCCACUUCUGCGCAAUAAUGAAGGCUACCCAUGAGCGCUUUCUGUGGUAUAUAAAAGUUUCUCAUUAUCUGUUGUACCAGUUCCGGUUUAAACAAAUUGAGGAAGCUCGACGAUUCGUGGCAGCGCACGUGUCAAACUAGAAAAUCUGCUCAACAUUUAUGGGAUUUGAACUUAAUUUGUUAACAAAAUAGCAAUAGUUUUAUUCUAGGACAAAAGACCGAGUUUACGAUUUUCUCGUCACCUGCAUUUACCAGCAACCCACCAGUCAUUUAUCUGAUGCGCAGUUGAACUUGCACGUGGAUUUGAUCACUUAUUUAUCGCUGUAACAAUAAACAGCUCACAAUUUCGCCCUUAACAACGAAAUACCCCUACUAGUUAGUGAAUUGCAAGACAUUAAGACGAAUCGACCACGUUAGUAAAUUAUGUCUUCUACAGGCACUAACGAAACAAAUGAGAACCAUGGAGAUAAAGUGGAAGAAGAGAAAACUGAAAGAUGUUUUACUAUGAACAAGGUUUACUUGAUAUCGAAAGGAUUCUACUUCUUUUUCUUUUCCGCUCAGGGUUCUUUGUUGCCGUAUUUGGCCUUAUUCUUUAAGCAACUUGAGCUACCUCCGAGUCAAAUUGGAGCCAUAACUGGAAUGAAGCCUUACAUCGCUUUCUUCUUCAUUCCAUUUUGGGGAUGCGUCGCUGAUCGAUUCAAGAAGGGAAAGCUGUUGUUUAUUAUUUCCAUGAUUGCCCUAAUUUCGGGAAUGGUCGCCUACGCUCUCGUUCCCAUCAACAUUUGCGAGACUGAGCCAACAGCUGUAAAUACCCGAGGAAUUCCAGAUGAUAACAAAAGCCCCUUAUAUUCUCCUGUUGGCAGCGAGCUCUGGAGGAUUCCGAACAACUCCAAUCUGUCCAAUGACCGCUGGCAUUCCAGAAUAGUUUUUCGUGAUACCAGGGAUGCUUCUAUGAGGUACAAUCAGGCAACAGUGAGUACUCGAAGACUGCAAACAGCAAGACAUAAUGAAAGCAGUAAACUUGAUAAAAAACGAUCUUCCCGCAUAUCAGAUUUACUGAGUAAGAUUUCCCCAGAAAGAGACAAUAUGUUUGCUGAUGGUUUGGAAUUUAGCGUUAGAAAAGGUAGAAAAGAAGAGAUGUCUUUGGAUGGAGUAUCGCAAACAGCAGACGAAUCUGUUGAGGAAACUCCGUGGUCUCAAUCAGACAUGAUCGCCCUUCAAGAAAAUUCACGAAAGUCCCCUAAAAGGAAAAACACUUUUAUCUUCCUUUACUUACUCUUUGCCACAAUGUUGACAACCAUACUAUCGUGCCCCAGUCUGACAUUAGGGGACACUGCUACUGUAAAUCUCUUAAAGCAAAAUGAUGAGACUCACAAAUAUGGAAAGCAAAGGCUAUGGGGAUCUGUUGGCUACGGCUCAAUGGCAUUCUUAAUCGGCACUGCCAUUAGUCGAACUCAUCUUUGUCCUCCAGGAAGCGCCAGGCGCAAAGACGUCAACUACUACCCCUGCUUUGCAAUGUUUGUUGUCUAUAACAUUAUUGCCUUGGUAAUUGGGUCAAGAUUUAACUUCAAUAACAAUAACAAACCAGACACUAAAGAUACUAAUGAAGAUAAGGUGGCAACCAACGAUACACCUGCCAAUGAUGAUGAAACUAAACGUAGCAACCAAGGCAUCAUUGCGGGGCUUAAACUUCUCACUCGACCAAGACACGCCAUGUUCCUGGUUACUGCAUUUUAUGUGGGCAUUACAAUGGGUUUCAUCCGGGUUUUUCUGUUUUGGCAUCUUAAAGAUUUAGGUGGCACUCAAAUUCUCUUCAGCAUCAUGACAGGUGUAAACUGUGUCGCGGAGGUUACUUUGUAUUUUCUUUCCACUAAGCUUAUUGCCUACAUUGGUACAAUACGUGUACUGUACCUUGGGUUAACGUGUUACGCCGUGCGCUUGUUUUACUAUGCACUUGUUACUGAUCCUUGGAAGGUUCUUCCAAUUGAGUUGUUAUCUGGAAUCACCACAGCAGCAGUCUGGGCAGCCAUGAUGUCUUACGUGGGAACUCACUCGGUAGAGGGAGCAUCGGUAACAUUGCAAGGUAAACAGUGAGACUGUUGUUAAUUGUAUCAUUUUCCUUUUGUUUAACAUUUAUUAAAUUUGGCUUUCGUACGAUAUGAACAAUCACACAGUUUAGGGAGGAUGUUGUCCACCAAGACCGCCUCAGUAAUUCAGCAGUUUCAUUUUCCAGUUCUCCUCUUCUUAAACAGCUAACCUACCAAGCCGCUGUUUUGCGUUACGUCAGUCGAGGAUAAUUUGCGAUUAUGCUAUCAUUGACGUCAGUGACUGAUGUCAAUGCCGGUAGAAUAUUUACAGACAUCUUCCAAACUUAAUCAGUACCAGCUAGUUAUGAAGAAUUAGCCGACUGAUGAAGACAUGAAGAAAUAUUUUGAAUGAAUAAAAAUAGGGAUUAUAAAGUUGACAUUUUUUAAUGUUAUUUUUCUAUUUCAGGUAUUUUACAUGGUGUCCACUGGGGUUUGGGACAUGGAUCAGGGGAGCUCAUCGGUGGUUUCCUCAUAAGUAACUUUGGAGCACCCACGACAUUUGCCAUAUUUGGAACAUUUUCUCUGGUGAUCAUGGGUACUUAUAUAUUAGUAAAUCAUUUAACAAGUGGGUCUGAAUAA